GAGGAGAUUGUAAGCCGCUCUGAGUCUCUGAUUCAGAGAGGGCGGGGUAUAAAUCUGCGGUCUUCUUCAAUUCUCCAUUUAGCCUUCUCGUUGGGCUCUGCUGCUCUUGCUGCACCCCUCCUCGUCCGCAGCCCCCGUCCCUUCGCCUUACAAGCUGCUAGUUAGCUAAGUCUCAUCCCAGCCCCCCAUCUUAGCAUUCCCACCCCCCUCUCCGCCUCUUCUCUCCCCCUUUUGGCACUUCCAUGAGAAAUCCCCUUUCUCUUUAAUCCCUCCGCCGCCACCUUCUGAGGCUCUUAAGCUUGUCUGUAGGAUGAUCCCUGAAGAUUCCCAGGGGGACACAAUGCCCCGUUGCUAGACUGGAAUGUAGAUGAGAUAGUGGUGCCGGAGGAGGAAAUCACCCAAAUUUCCUUCCCUCACACUCCAUGGUUUCUUGAUGGUGGCCCUUUGUAACCACUAUCAUGCAGUAGAUUUACCAAUUUUUUUGUAAAUAUAUAUAGUUUUGGGGGGAGGGAAGAAAGGGUGCUAGGAUUUUUUUUUAAAAAAAGAAUUACAUAACCUGUAGCUGGGUUUUGCCAUCACAAAACGGUGCUUCAGCACAAGUGAAUGAAAAUGUCCACUAGAACUCCGUUGCCCACGGUGAACGAACGUGACACUGAAAAUGAUGCUGGAACAUCGGUAGGGGAAAGCUUUUGCGAAAAGCACACCUCUCACGGUGAAGGACGGCAGGAUGUUUCCUCUCGGACUAGUCGCUCUGGGGCCCGCUGUAGGAACUCUAUAGCUUCCUGUGCAGAUGAGCAGCCCCAUAUUGGGAAUUACCGACUACUCAAAACAAUUGGCAAGGGGAAUUUUGCGAAAGUGAAACUGGCCAGGCACAUCCUCACCGGCAGAGAGGUUGCAAUAAAAAUAAUUGACAAAACUCAGUUGAAUCCGACUAGUCUACAGAAGCUGUUCAGGGAAGUAAGGAUAAUGAAGAUUUUAAAUCAUCCAAAUAUAGUUAAAUUAUUUGAAGUAAUUGAAACAGAAAAAACGCUCUACUUAAUCAUGGAGUAUGCAAGCGGGGGGGAGGUAUUUGACUAUCUAGUUGCACAUGGAAGAAUGAAGGAAAAGGAGGCAAGAGCUAAAUUUAGACAGAUAGUAUCUGCAGUGCAGUAUUGCCACCAGAAGCAUAUUGUUCAUAGAGAUCUAAAGGCUGAAAAUCUAUUGUUAGAUGCCGACAUGAACAUUAAAAUAGCUGAUUUCGGUUUUAGCAAUGAGUUCACAGUGGGAAAUAAACUGGACACGUUUUGUGGCAGUCCUCCAUAUGCUGCUCCUGAACUCUUCCAAGGCAAAAAGUACGACGGGCCAGAAGUUGACGUUUGGAGCUUAGGCGUCAUUCUUUACACUCUCGUGAGUGGGUCUCUGCCUUUCGAUGGUCAGAAUCUAAAGGAACUGAGAGAGAGAGUACUAAGAGGGAAAUACAGAAUUCCUUUCUACAUGUCCACAGACUGUGAAAAUCUGCUAAAACGUUUCCUGGUGCUAAACCCAACCAAAAGAGGCACUCUUGAGCAAAUCAUGAAGGACAGGUGGAUCAACGCGGGGCACGAGGAUGAUGAACUUAAACCUUUUGUUGAACCAGAGCUAGACAUCUCGGACCAGAAGAGAAUAGACAUCAUGGUUGGAAUGGGAUAUUCUCAAGAAGAGAUACAGGAAUCCCUUAGUAAAAUGAAAUAUGAUGAAAUCACCGCGACGUAUUUACUACUGGGAAGGAAAUCAUCAGAGUUGGAUGCCAGUGAUUCAAGCUCCAGCAGCAAUCUUUCACUUGCUAAAGUCAGGCCAAGUAGCGAUCUCAAUAACAGCACCGGCCAAUCGCCGCAUCACAAGGUGCAGAGAAGUAUAUCUUCCAGCCAAAAGCAGCGACGGUACAGUGAUCACGCUGGUCCCUCUAUUCCUCCAGUAGUGGCGUAUCCAAAAAGAAGCCAGACCAGCACUGCAGAUGGCGACCUCAAGGAAGAAAGGAAGUCCAGCAGCAGUGCUGCUGGAGGAAGAGGAAUUGCUCCCGCCAGCCCCAUGCUUGGGAAUGCCAGCAAUCCCAACAAGGCUGACAUUCCUGAGCGGAAGAAGAGCUCUGUUGCCCCUAAUAAUAACACUGCACCUGGAGCCAUGACCCGGCGAAACACGUAUGUUUGCAGUGAGCGAACCACUGCAGACAGACAUUCGGUCAUUCAAAAUGGGAAGGAGAGCAGCCUGACCGAAAUGUUCGCUUACGCAGCUAGCCCUGCCACAGUAUGUACCACAUCCUCCAUCAGUGUUCGGCUGCGACAUCAGAAGUCGAUGUCCAUGUCGGCCUCUGUGCAUGCGAAGAUGAUGUUGCCUGCGGUAUACAAUGGCACAGAUAACUUCAGGUCUAUCGCUGUUCCUGAUCAAAGAACCCCAGUCGCUUCGACUCACAGCAUUAGCAGUGCAACGACGCCGGAUCGGAUCCGUUUCCCACGAGGAACUGCAAGUCGUAGCACUUUCCACGGUCAGCUCAGAGAGCGGCGUACUGCCACUUACAAUGGACCGCCUGCAUCUCCCAGUCUGUCCCAUGAAGCAACGCCGCUUUCACAGACACGAAGUAGGGGCUCCACUAACUUAUUCAGUAAAUUAACUUCCAAGCUGACGAGAAGAAACAUGUCAUUCAGGUUUAUCAAAAGGCUCCCAACUGAAUAUGAGAGGAACGGGAGAUAUGAGGGCUCAAGUCGCAACGUGGCCGGCGACCAGAAGGACGACAACAAGGAAGCGAAGCCCCGUUCCCUACGCUUCACCUGGAGUAUGAAAACCACCAGCUCCAUGGAUCCGAACGACAUGAUGAGAGAAAUCCGCAAAGUCCUGGACGCCAACAACUGUGACUAUGAACAGAGGGAGCGCUUCUUGCUCUUCUGCGUCCACGGGGACGGCCACGCAGAGAACCUCGUGCAGUGGGAGAUGGAGGUGUGUAAGCUGCCAAGACUGUCCCUGAACGGAGUUCGCUUCAAACGGAUAUCGGGAACAUCCAUAGCUUUUAAAAACAUUGCUUCCAAAAUUGCCAAUGAGUUAAAGCUGUAACGAGAGAAGAGCAAUCAAAAGUCUGUAAAUUGAAAAGAAAAAAAAGUAGCAAUUUCAAGUGGGAAUUUUUUUUUUUUUUGAGAACACCAGUGGAAAUGUAUAGAAUAAUAUUUAGGGCAAUAACUUCUGCAUCUUCUGAAUCAUGAUAUUAAAAACAAACAAACAAGCUGCUGAGCUGGGAGGGAGAGUUGGACUUCUUUUUUAUAUAUAUAUAUAAGUGCACUACAGCAUUAAAGUUGCCUCCUAUGUAAAAUACUACUCCCUUUCUGCUUUAUUUUCCAUUGCUCUUGAGUUCUUUGGUAAACGUUCUGAAAACACCCCGAUAUAUACGUUGGAAUAUGCCUCCCGUUUGUGUGGAUGUGUGAAUGUACAGUAUGUGUGUAUAAUUAUGAUAUAAAAGUAUUAUAUGUUAAA